AUGAAGAUCUAUGAGCAUUGCAUUGCAUUGACCCUUUCUCUCUUCCUGGCGACUCCGGUCUUCGGGCAGAGAUUUAUCAAUGCCACGAAUGGCAUAAAUCCCACGAAUGGUACGCAGAAUGGACGCCUGUGUACGUCCGAUGACAUUGCCAGAAGGGACGUGAGGGGCUGUACAUGCCCUUCGACUUUCCCAGCAUCACCCAAUGACCUGGUAUGCGUUACACCGUCGGGACAAUGCCCUAUCACCUGCAACCCUCCACCCCCGCCGUCACCCGUGAUACCGCGAGCACAGCUCUCACAAUGUGACGCGGGCUGUGUCGACGCCAAUUCCGAGUGCAACGGCUGCUUCAUCUGGUUCUCCAGUCUGUGCCAUUGCCUUCAAGACUUCCAAUCCGGAAACCAGACGACUUGCAUCGCCAGCCCUCCAAUUCCUGUUGGCCCGCCUCGGACCAACCAGUCAGCUUCGUGGGUGGUCCUCAGCAGUGGAGACUUGAUCACCACGACGGACUUGAUCCCCGGCAUUCUUCAAUUGAGCUCCGCUGCUGACGUGGACGGGGGCUUCCGCCUUGGUCAGGAUACACUCAACACCAGAGGUAUCAGGGACACAGGAACACUUGCGAUCAACAGUGUCGCCACCCGCUCCGAGGAGCAGAUUCAUAUCCAAGUCUGUGACCAUCCUGGCAGUGCUGUGCGUCGUAUUCUCGAUAACCUGCCUCGGGAGAAUUACAACACAACAUCGUCGGUCGACCUGUCCGCCCUAUCUCAGCCGAGUGCUGCUAUGUCUUGCCGGGUGUCGUCUAACGCGGGUCAAGACAUCAACUUGGGCGGUGAUAUUGUUGAUUGGCUGAACCAGUAUGCUGGCAACACGACCUGUGCUCAAUAUAAUGUCGGUGCUGGCGUUGUGACUGAUAGCAAUGAUUACUCUUGGUCUUGUAUUACUACGGGUGAUAGGGCUGCCGAGGAUCUGUUCUGCAGUGAUUAA